AUGGCCGUUCUGGUCAUUGCAAUCCACGUGCAUACAGCAGAUGCCUUACCGUUGAGAAGACUCAAUCGCAUAGCUAACAAUCGUGGGGAUGCUCAAGAUGAUCACUGCUAUUUCUCGUGCUGUUUCACAAUUUUGCGUAGUGGCACAACCUCUGACAAUGAAGCAACUCUUGGCAGCGGAGCAACUUCCGGUAGUGGAGCAACUUCCGGUGAUGGCACGACCACUGGUGGCCGCAAACCCUCUCGUAGAGAUGCCUUACCGUUGAGAAGACUCAAUCGCAGAGCUAACAAUCGUGGCAAGGCUCAAGAUGAUCAUGUUACAAGACCAUCUGGUACCAGACUGAUUUCUGCCGAUAAGCGACAAACUCUUAUUCAUCCAGGGCUUUAUAUUCGUGAACUUAUGGAUAGUGCUGUUGGUUAUGCUUCUGAAGAUGUUCUUGGUAGCGGUAGAACCUCCGGUGAACAAACCAAAAAUCAGUAA